AUGCAGAAUCCAGGGGAGCAGGGUAAAGCGCCACUCAGAAUAACUGACAUGGAACAGCCACCCCGCCGCAUGCGACGGAGCCGUGGUUUCCUUGCUGGAUUCAGGAAUCCUGAGCCUCAACAGUACCACCACCAACGACAACGACAGCAACAAGUAAACGAACUACAAACGCGGGUGACUCAACUCAUGGACUUCGACAAGGCCUAUUUCGAUCAAUACGCUCACCUUAGCGUCCAUGAAGAGAUGCUCAAGGAUCGUGUGCGGACGGAGGCAUAUAAAGCUGCAAUCAUGCAUCAUCAGGCUUUUAUUUCAGGCAAAGUUGUACUUGAUGUUGGAUGCGGUACUGGCAUCCUUUCUAUAUUUUGUGCUCAGGCUGGUGCAAAGCGGGUGUAUGCAGUUGAAGCAAGCAACAUUGCUCUGCAGGCUAGAAGGGUAGUUGAAGCAAAUAAUCUUUCAAAUGUUGUCAUUGUAUUGCAUGGACGAGUUGAGGAUCUUGAACUCAGUGAAAAGGUUGAUGUUAUAAUUUCAGAAUGGAUGGGUUAUAUGCUUCUAUAUGAGAGCAUGCUUGGAAGUGUUAUCACUGCCAGAAAUCGCUGGCUCAAACGUGGAGGUCUAAUUCUUCCUUCAAUUGCAAGGUUGUACAUGGCUCCUUUCACACAUCCUAGCAGAUACAGUGAAAGCAUUGACUUUUGGCGCAAUGUUUAUGGAAUUGAUAUGUCCGCUAUGAUGCCGUUAGCAAAACAGUGUGCAUUUGAAGGACCUUCCGUGGAGACAAUUACAUGUGAAAAUGUUUUGACAUGGCCUCUUUUGGUGAAAUAUAUCAACUGUUAUUAUAUUACAAUUCCUGAGCUAGAAUCUAUAACAGAAAGUUUUAAGUUCAAAUCAAUGAUGCAAGCGCCAUUACAUGGUUUUGCAUUUUGGUUUGAUGUUGAAUUUACUGGGCCUAUACUAUCACCAAUGCCAAUCAAUUUUCAGUUCUCAUCUACAUAUGUUGACAACCAUCCAGUGGAUGAUAAUCAGAGAAAAAGACGGACAAAUCCUAAUGAAGAACUGCGCCUAUCCACCUCGCCUGAAGACCCUCCAACACAUUGGCAUCAGACCUUGAUAUACUUAUAUGAUCCAAUAGAGCUGAAACAGGAUCAACUUAUUGAAGGAUCAGUGACAUUGUCACAUAGCCAAAAAGAUGGCCGGUUUAUGAACAUUCACCUUGAAUAUACUUCAGGUGGUCGAUCCUACGUGAAAGAGACUGUUAUGAGAUGAUCAUUAUUACUGUGGGCAACUGACGAGCUUGUUAGCAUAUACAGUUGGGUCAACCAAUUGAUAUUUUGUUGGUGUCUUUUCUAAAGCCUUUAUUGUGGGAACUAUGUAUCAUUGGAAUUUUCUUGGGUUUUGUUAAACUAUAUAUAGUUAAACUAUUUUAGAACUAAUUAAAUAUUCUGGGCAAG